AUGGAAUAUUCAUCUGCUCAAUUGAAUGAUUUACCUGAUGAAAUUCUUUGUAUUAUUUUCAAAAAGUUAAACGAACUUGAUGUACUGUACUCUUUCAUAGGUGUUAAUAAACGAUUUAAUAAAAUUGUACAUGAUUCAAUUUUUACUAGUAGCUUAACAUUAUUCAAUUAUUUGCCGUGUGAUUGUAUUUAUCCAUUACCUGAUUUAAUGCUUGAUCGAUUUUGUUUACAAAUCUUACCUAAAAUUCAUCAUAAAAUAAAAUGGCUUGAUCUUGAACCAUUGUCUAUGAAACGUAUUCUUUCUGCAAAUUAUCCGAAUUUAUUUGGACUUGGUAUAUAUAACAUUGAAAUACAGACGGCUUCAAAUCUAUUCACCGACGAAACUUCUUUAAUGCAUAGAUUCAAAAAUCAAAUCUUAUCAGUCGUGAUUGAAACUAUUGGCAUACAAGGUAGAUCAAUAAAUUUGGAUACGCUUAUAUUCACACAUAUUUUUAAUAUGUUCACCAACUUACAAUAUUUAAAUUACUAUCCAUCUUUUCUUUGUUAUCAACGAGUAUCAUUUCGGUCUUCACCUCCAACUGUGUUCUCUUCAACUUUAUUAGAAUUGCGUGUCAAAGUAUUGUAUGUUGCAGAUUGUCUUUAUUUACUUGAUGGUCGUUUCAAUCAACUUCAGACAUUCUAUGUUUAUAUAGAAUGUCCAUAUUUUCAUUACACCUUAACAAUAAAUAAAGAAAAACUACCAAACUUACGACGUUUUUCGUUGUAUUGUCUUUCGAGGGCAUAUUUCUAUGAUGCAGUAAUCAUACCACUUUUACAUCGAAUGCCAAAUUUAGAACAACUUAGUUUGUAUUUUUCCCUCGGUCGUCAUAAUAGAUUUAUUGAUGGAAAUGAUUUAAAACAAAAUAUUAUUGAUUGUUUGCCACGAUUAAUUGAGUUUCGAUUUAAUAUUCGUUCAACUAUAUUCCUAAAAGAUCAAAUUGAUUUACCAUCAAAUAAAGAUAUCGAACAUUCAUUCAAAAAUUUUUCAGAUAAUCAAAUUAUUUCUUGUGUCAAUUAUUUUCUAGAAAUGAACGAAGGCGAAUGUCAUAUUUAUUCAUAUCCAUACACAAUAACAUGUUAUCAUAAUAUCGCAAAUAAUUUUGCAGGUGGACUAUUUACAUGUGUUCGUGAAGUAUCAUUAUUUGAUGAACAUCCUUUUGAACAUGAAUUCUUUAUUCGAAUUGCUCAAUCAUUUCCAUUUAUGACAAGUUUAGCUAUAAUUAAUCGAAAAGCACAAAACGAUAAACAAUGUGAAAAAUUAAAAAAUAACAAUCAAGAUUUAUUAAUUAUUGAAUAUCCUCAUCUUAAAUACCUUUAUAUGAAAGAGGCUCAUGAUGAUUAUGUCGAACAAUUUCUACUUGAUACCAAAACGCGUUUACCAUAUGACGUUAAUCUGUAUAUCGAUUUUAAACCUUUAAAAAGAGUAACAUACAAUUUUACACGAAACACAACACGGAUUAAUUGUGGAAAAGUGAGAUAUACAUGUUCAAACAGAAAUUUUCGAUUUCCAAAACAUUUCAGAGAUUAUUUUCUUAAUAUUCAUGUAUUAUGA